AUGUAUCCAGUUAAGUCCGGAAAGCACCUGUACAAAAAUCUUUUUGUUACAUUCCGGAAAGUCAAUGAUUAUCAAAAUGCGUCUGAUACUUGCAUGUCAAUGGGAGAUUUGUACUUAAAAAGUGAUGAUCAAGAAAAUGCAAGAAAUGCAUUCUGUUGUGCUGUACUUUUAAACCCAGGGAAUGCAGUUGGUCAUUGGAAAUUAGGCCUGACUAUGUAUAAUUUGGGACAUUCGGAUUUGGCUCUUAUAAGGUAA